AUGAAUGUUGGCGAUGAUCAGGCUCAGCCUGACGUCGUUUUCAGAGCAGAUGAACUUCUGGAAAGCAAAUUUAUUGUACACUAUCGUAGAAGUGAGAUUUCAUCGAUUACGGAAAUCGGUUUUGCUGCAAUUCUACUAAUAUUUGGCAUAAUGGAAAUCAUCCUCUACAAGGAACAAGUUUGUGGAUACUGCUUAAUUUGUUUCGGUUUUCUGCUAUUCUGUCUGUCCAUACAAUUCUACUUCGGAGUCAUAUUCAAUUGUUGGCCGCUUCUUAUCUGCCAUUCUGUAGUAGCUGCAUCCAUGUGUAUAUCGAUAUUUAUUCUCUUGAUGUGUUCUCUUUUAAUGUCGUAUCCAGCUCAAAUCGUUAACUUGCAGUACCGGGUUACGGCGGUACUGGUGAUAACGACGAGCGUUAUCGCUUUGGUUUUGUUGGCGACAUUUGCGGUCACAUCGUUUUCUCGUGGUAAAGAGUUGUGGGCAUUCGAAGUGAGUCAUACGGAUCAUCUACGUCGUCUUCUUAUUGAAGCGUUGGAAGCGUUAGAAGAAUAUCGUCAAGAGCAUAGUUCAGCCAGUGAUGAUGAUUGA